UUAUUAUCAUUCUACAUUUUUCUUUUUGUUCUAGUUUGAAGAUCAAUAAAGAUCUCGCAUUUCUGUAUGCAAAUUUUAUUAUUUCCAGAAUAGUGGCAGCGUUCGAGGCGAAGAUAUUCCUUACAUUUUAGGAUUACCUAUUAUUGGAGGUGGGUCAUUCUUUCCGCACAACUAUAGCCAUGCAGAUGCACAAAUAUCAAAAACAGUGAUUACGUACCUCAGCAAUUUUGUUAAAAGAGGGGAUCCGAAUACUGUCCAACCAUAUCAAGCAAAUUUUGUCCAAGAACGAAGCAGUUACAACAUGGGGAUACCUUAUUGGGAUACAUAUGACAAUAUUAACCAGUUUUACCUAGAAAUAGCUAGCCGUCCAGUGAAGAAGGAUCAUUACAGAGGCCACAAGAUGUCAUUGUGGUUGAACCUAAUACCACAGUUGCAUCGACCUAGAGAGGAUGAUGACGUGUCCAUGAGGCAUCACCAUUUCUUAGAAGAGGACGAACAGUACUAUGAUGGUUUCGUUCGCCCGCAAACGAAGGAGAAACCGGCUUAUGUCCACAUUCUAGCUCCACCGCCUGUGCCUACAACUACUACAUCAACCACAACUCCGACGACAACAUCAAGUCUGCCGCUGACGUUACUACCUCCGAAAUCUGAUACUGCCUUGCAGGCGACCACGACAGAGUGUCCUCCAAACUCAACAGCACCAAGCUUUAAUCGGAACACCGACAACAUCAUAAGGAGGAUAGCAUCAGGCCAUUAUCAGAGCUAUACAACUGCUUUAACUAUAACAAUCGCUGUAGGCUGCUUCCUGGUGUUACUCAAUGUACUCAUCUUCAUUGGGAUUUACCACCAAAGAGAACGAGGCAAAAAGGAAGAGAAGCGAAAAGACGUAUUCGCAGAAACAGGUAGUUGCAGUAGUUCAUCGGGUGAGACAUACAAACAAAGCUGCGAACAACAGCUCCAACCUUUUAGCUACGAUGGAAUGGAAGCUACUACUUUGCAGGGCUGUCAGACUUAUGUCAAUACAGCAAUUAGUUAUAAACAUGCACAAGAAGAGGAAAUGACUCAAAUUCAACUUCAGGAAUUCAGCUCGUCGCCAUUGUCUGCCAAACGAAUUGAAAGACGAAUACACAGCUAUCCAGACGUAACGAGUACAACCCCAGCCACUUCAACCCCUGCAGUCCAGAAGGUGGAUUGCUGCUCAGGAACCUCAGAUGACUCCCCACCAGGCACUGGGCGAGGCAACGGCAACACUUCAAGCAGUGUUGCAUUUCAUCUGGAAGAAGUAAACCAAACGGGUAUAUUGAGACCUCACGGUAUGCCGAUGACGCCGGGUACUGUCAAGAAAAGAGUCCAGAUUCAGGAGAUUUCCGUUUAGUCUAGUCGAAAUGAGGCCUAUUCUUAAUUUUUGCUCCUUUUGAACGGGUGCAACAGUUAUUUAAAGUCAAAAAUAUCAGCCAAAAAUAAUAUUUGUACUAGUUAUUGUUGCUGGGCCACUGCUUUGACAGCAGUUUGGAAUCAAGAGUUGUCGAUUAUAAAUAUUUAGUUUUCUAUUACAUUUUUAUUAGGUGUAAAGAAUCAUGUUUACAACCAUCUUAAACAGAAUUGAGUAUGCGACAGGCAGUAUGGUUUCUGGCACCAGUGAUCAAUGGAGGAUCUCAUAGCUUACGUCAAGUCAAGAUAUCUCGAAAGCUUCCAAUCAGCUGUGGCAUGCUGCCGUUUUAUGCAUAAUUCCAUCCUAUGACCUCCCAAAAGAAGCUUUGCAGAUGGGUGCCUGACCUCCUCUCCUUCCCCACAAUGUCAACGGGGGUAUUCCCCAGAGAUCAGUUUGGAACUGGUUGUAGUAUAUAUAUAUUAACGACCCCCUAUCUCGUACGAUCAAUCCGAUCUACAGCCAGUGGGCUGGAGAGAAGAAGACUUGGAGCGACUUCCUCUCUAAUGAAAGACCUGGAGGUUAUCAUUGCCUGGGAAUGCAACAAUCUGGUACAGUUUAAUGUCUUCAAAGCACUACUAUACCUUGACUAACAAGAAGCGCUCUGCCUCUUACAAUAAAUAACCAAAAAAACUCGUCAAGGAGAAAAACGGAGACACAUCAAAUUGUCUGUUAGAUCGAAAUAAAUGAAAACCUCAAAUUCAAAAAGUGUACUUUUUUUAAUGCAGAUAUUUUUACUGUUCGUAUCACGUAUGCUUAGUAUAAUAUACGUGAUAAUAAACAUCGACUUAACUAACACUAGCUUAGAAAAGAAUUGUUAUUUUGACUUUUGUUAGCUGUUGUGCUUUAUAUUCGACUAAUCUUAAUUCUUGAAUUUCUAUUUCGACUGGAUCAGUUUUAACGUAUAUGUUUCUAUAUUAUUAUUAUGCGAAUACAAAGGAAUUGUUAAAAAAUAAACGAAUCAAAAUUAUUAUAUGUCGUUUCGAAGCUGGUGGUGUAGUCGUUAAUAUUAUGUUUGACGUUAUAGUUUUUUAUAAGGAACAGGAUUGUAAAUAGC